UUUGAUUCUCUCAGUGAUAUUUUUUGCUCUGUGCCAUUGUGAUGUUGAAGACGAACUUCUUGAGGACUUAUUUCUGUGGGAAGAGUUCAAGGUGAACUACUCUAGAUCAUUUUCGUCUGAACAUGAAGAGAAUUACCGAAUGUACCAUUUCCUUGGCACUUUGGCGCGUGUAAGAAAACAAAACGAACUCUACGAAAAGGGAGAAUCAACUUGGAAGGCUGGAAUCAAUCAAUUUGCCGACAUGGAUGAUAAUGAGUUUAAAACGACGUACCUUGGCUUCAAAACAUGGUUCAUUAAGGACAACGAGGUUGGCGCCACUUUCAUUUCUCCUCAUGGCGUGGAACUGCCGCCCUCAAAGGACUGGAGGGAACUGGGGGCUGUCACUCCAAUCAAGGACCAGGGUCAAUGCGGAUCUUGCUGGGCUUUCAGUGCGACUGGAUCUUUGGAAGGGCAGCACUUCCGCAAAACCGGAGUGCUGGUUUCGCUGAGCGAGCAGGAUCUGGUUGACUGUUCCCAUAAAUACGACAAUCACGGUUGCGAUGGUGGCUUGAUGGAUAAUGCUUUCUUGUAUGUCAAGAGGAACAAGGGCAUCGACACCGAGGAGGCAUACCCUUACGAAGGACAGGACGGCAAGUGCAGGUUCAAUGCAAGCAAUAUCGGCGCCACCGACUCUGGCUUUGUGGACAUUGAGGAAGGAAAUGAGGACAAGUUGAAGGAGGCCGUCGCCACCAUCGGACCUAUCUCGGUUGCCAUUGAUGCUAGUUCGGAUUCCUUCAGGAUCUACUUAGAAGGUGUUUACUACGAACCUGAUUGCAGUUCAGACUUUUUAGACCACGGCGUGUUGGCUGUUGGCUACGGAACAGAUGAAAAGACGGGUAUGGACUAUUGGAUCGUCAAGAACUCCUGGAGCACCACCUGGGGCGACAAAGGCUACAUCAAAAUGGCUCGCAACAAAGACAACAACUGCGGUAUCGCCAGUGACGCUAGCUACCCUCUUGUUUAA